GCAUUUAGUAACGAGAAUGCUCCUUGAAACCCAGUCUUUUUCCUCUAGUAGCGCCUCUACCUUGAUUGAACAAUUUCACCUUUCGGAGUAGAAACAAGCAGACUUCAAUCCGGGCAGAAAGAGACAUCCAAAAGUGUUUCUCAACCAUAUUUUGAAGGAAACUAUGCCGUUUACUGAAGAUUUUUAUCUUCCAUCUGAGGAAGAGCUGACAGUUCAGGAAGUAAACUUAUCUGCUCCAUAUUUAAAGGCUGGGGCACUACAUUUUGGUAAAUACUGUGACACACAAUGUAAGGAAUUUAUGCUUUGUCGUAAAGAAGAAAAUGACCCAAGAAGGUGUUUAAAAGAGGGCAAAGAGGUAACAGCAUGUGGCUUAGAAUUUUUUCAAAAAGUGAAGCAACACUGUAAAGAUGAGUUUAAUGACUAUGCUGAUUGUAUUCAAUGGUACAGUCCUCAUAUGACAAUUCAAGAUUGCAGAAAAUCCCAAUUCAAACUGGAUAAAUGCAUGCUAGAAAAGUUGGGUGUAGAAAGACCUUAUCUUGGUUACUUUUCUGGUAUCUUGACCCAUAAGACAGACAGACCAAGACCUGGACCUCCGCUACCUCGUAAAGAAUACAAAGAUGAUCGUCCAUCUUUACCUGAUGAUUAUCCCAGGGAAAAAGUAACCAAAUUUGGUUCUGCAGCAUCUAUAUUCCAUUAAUUAUAAUUCUGUUUUCUAGAAUAAAGUAUGUUAGGGUCUUAAAAUUUGAUUCUAGAAUAAUUACGAAUGCAGAACAUCUUUUCCUGUUCUUUCUUAUUGUAAAAAUAAACGUAUUGAAAAUUGAA